GUCAUGCAGAUGUAUCUUCCAUUUUGUGGAAUUGCCAUAUCUAAUGCUCAGCUAUUUGCUGCCUCAAGGAAAGAAUACGAAAGAAGCAGGGCUUUGCUAGAGGUGGUUAAUGACCUCUUUGAAGAACAGACUGACCUGGAGAAAAUUGUCAAGAAAAUAAUGCAUCGGGCCCAAACUCUGUUGAAAUGUGAACGCUGUUCUGUUUUACUCCUAGAGGACAUUGAAUCACCAGUGGUGAAGUUUACCAAAUCCUUUGAAUUGAUGUCCCCAAAGUGCAGUGGCGAUGCUGAGAACAGCUUCAAAGAAAGCAUGGAGAAAUCAUCAUACUCUGACUGGCUAAUAAAUAACAGCAUUGCCGAGCUAGUGGCUUCUACUGGCCUUCCAGUGAACAUCAGUGAUGCCUACCAGGAUCCUCGCUUUGAUGCUGAGGCUGACCAGAUAUCUGGUUUUCACAUAAGAUCUGUUCUCUGCGUCCCUAUUUGGAAUAGCAACCACCAAAUAAUUGGCGUGGCUCAAGUGUUAAACAGACUUGACGGGAAACCUUUUGAUGACGCAGAUCAACGGCUUUUUGAGGCUUUUGUCAUCUUUUGUGGCCUUGGCAUCAACAACACAAUUAUGUACGAUCAAGUGAAGAAGUCCUGGGCUAAGCAGUCUGUGGCUCUUGAUGUGCUAUCAUACCAUGCGACAUGUUCAAAAGCUGAAGUUGACAAGUUUAAGGCAGCCACCAUCCCUCUGGUGUCAGAACUCGCCAUCGAUGACAUACAUUUUGAUGACUUUUCUCUUGACGUUGACGCCAUGAUCGCGGCUGCUCUUCGGAUGUUCAUGGAGCUGGGGAUGGUACAGAAAUUUAAAAUCGACUAUGAGACACUGUGUAGGUGGCUUUUGACAGUGAGGAAAAAUUAUCGAAUGGUUCUGUACCACAACUGGAGACACGCCUUCAACGUGUGCCAACUGAUGUUUGCGAUGUUAACUACCGCCGGGUUUCAAGAGAUCCUGACGGAGGUGGAAAUUUUAGCCGUGAUUGUGGGAUGCCUGUGUCAUGACCUCGACCACAGGGGAACCAACAAUGCCUUCCAAGCUAAGAGCGGCUCUGCCCUGGCCCAACUCUAUGGGACAUCUGCUACCUUAGAGCAUCACCAUUUUAACCAUGCCGUGAUGAUCCUUCAAAGUGAGGGUCACAACAUCUUUGCUAAUUUGUCCUCCAAGGAAUAUAGUGACCUUAUGCAGCUUUUGAAGCAGUCAAUAUUGGCUACAGACCUCACGCUGUACUUUGAGAGGAGAACUGAAUUCUUUGAACUUGUCAGUAAAGGAGAAUAUGAUUGGAACAUCAAAAACCAUCGUGAUAUAUUUCGAUCAAUGUUAAUGACAGCCUGUGACCUUGGAGCCGUGACCAAACCGUGGGAGAUCUCUAGACAGGUGGCUGAACUUGUAACCAGUGAGUUCUUCGAACAAGGAGAUCGAGAGAGAUCAGAACUCAAACUCACUCCUUCAGCUAUUUUUGAUCGGAACCGGAAAGAUGAACUGCCUCGGCUGCAACUGGAGUGGAUUGAUAGCAUCUGUAUGCCUUUGUAUCAGGCGUUGGUGAAGGUCAAUGUGAAACUGAAGCCGAUGCUGGAUUCGGUGGCUGCGAACAGAAGUAAGUGGGAAGAGUUGCACCAGAAAAGGCUGCUGGCCUCGGCUGCCUCACCCUCCUCUGCCAGCCUCACGGUGGCCAGGGAAGACAGACACUAACCCUCCGGGUCAGCUGCUGCUGCAGGAUGACUGCGGCCUGAAGGGCCACCCUGGGUCCAGCCACAUCAUCCUUCCGUUCCUUUAAGCUCAAACACACCUAAAGUCUCGGGGAUGUGCUGGGAAGCCUGCCUGGGCUUUCCCCUUGAAGUGUGGUCAGCAGGAAGGACA